AGAUCCAAACAAAGCAAUUCAACUGGAGUGAGGUAGCAAAGAAGUGUGAAAGGAGUGUUUAAGAUAUAAUAGUGCCUCAAUUGUGUCAUCAAGGAGCAAUUCAACUGGAACAAGCAAUAAGUGUGAAAGGAGUGAGUAUAUAAGAUAUAGUGCCUCAAUUGUGCCAUGAAGGAGUACUGGUGAUAUUCUCUCUUGCGGCAAUAUUUUUGAUAAAGUUGAUCCAAAUUCUGGAAUGGAGAUGAGUUGCCCAUUAAAUGUUAAUAGCAACAUUCCCGUGUGCUCUACUAGCACAGUUAAUACUUCACACUCACACCAGAGUUUCUGUGGCUUUGUGCAACAGCCUUCUUUUGUGAGUGGAUGGAUGUAUGUGAAUGAACAGGGACAAAUGUGCGGUCCCUAUAUUAAGGAGCAGUUAUAUGAGGGCCUAACUACAGGUUUCUUGCCAUUUGAGCUUCCUGUGUAUCCUGUGAUCAAUGGUACAAUAAUGAGCCCUGUACCAUUGAAUUAUUUCAAACAGUAUCCUGACCAUGUUUCCACUGGAUUUGUGUAUCUAAGUAUGGAUUUAUCAGACACAAGGAUGUCUACAAAUUACCCCUCUUCUUCUCAGGAUAUGCCUGCUAACCCUGAUUCAAAGUCUGUUUCACAGUCACAUGUCAAUGACUGCAAUAAGGAAUCCAAUCACAUGAAUUUAAACUCUGAGGCAUUCAGCAAGAUAAUUUCUUGUCAGAUGUUGGGAGGAGAAUGCUGUUGGCUUUAUGAAGAUAAAAAGGGUAUGAAACAUGGCCCACAUUCCAUUUCUGAAUUGAUUUCCUGGCACCACCAUGGAUAUCUUGAAGAUUCAACAGUGGUCUCUCAUUUUGACAAUAAAUAUGGAACCUUUGUGUUGCUGUCUGCUGUAAAUGCAUUGAAAGGAGAUACAUCUGGAACCAUCUGUGGACCAGAUUCCAAAAGCAACGGAGUUGGUGAUGUGAUGAACUUAAUUUAUGAAAUAUCUGAAGACAUUUCUUCUCAAUUGCACAUGGGUGUAAUGAAAGCUUCCCGUAGAGUUAUGCUAGAUGGGAUUAUUGGCGACAUCAUUGCAGAAUUUGUUACUGAAAAGAAAAGCAAGAAGCACAAGCUUGAGUCUGCUGAUCGAACUUAUGAAACUUGCAUGUUGGACAAUAAAAUGAUGAAUAAAGGUACUUCCAUUCCAAGUGAGCCUGAACCUUCCCAUAUUUUGGACGGCCAGGCUUGUCAUGAAAUUUCCAAACUGUCUUCAACGAGUCUUAAGUCAGUUGGAAGCAUUGAAAAUUUCUGGUGGUCAUAUGCUGCUGUUCGUAAAGUACUUUUUGAUCACUGCAUGCAAAAAGCGUGGAAUGACGUGUUUUUUGACACGGUAUCAGAGUACUUUUUGUCCUGGAGGAAGAGAAAACUUUGGUCUCAUCCUAAGCUUCAGUCAUCUGUUAAUGAAUCUAAAGAUUAUGUUGAAAAGAUUAAAUCAAAAGCUUUGGUUCUCAGGCCAGGUUCCUCUGUAUGCAAUGUUGAUGCUAAUAUCCAGUCUGGAGUGAUGGCGACAGAAAUAGAUGGUCAUCCUGAGUUAUUUGUAUCUCCUAAUAACCUCAAAAGUGAAAAUAUAGCAGAAGGUCAAAGAAUUUCAUGCAGUUAUCCUAACUCUAAAGAUUUGACAUGCAUUCUUGAAAGUGUGCAGAACGAGCUUCACUUCUCUGCAAAGGUGUCUUUAGCUGAUUAUGUUCGAAGUGUUGUUGAAAAGGAAGUAAGCCAAUUAAUUCCUUCCCUAGAAAAAGACAAAUUUAGUGAGUUGCAGGUUGAUGUUAGUGACUGCCGUAUCUCAGAGAUGCUUACCGGUAAAACAUUUGUUAAAGAAAUUCUAAAUGAUAAGUCCAUCGAUCCUGUGAAAAAUGGAGACUCAAUUUGUGUGCCUUCAUCUGGAAACCACAUGUCUAAUGUAUUCUCAAAAGCAUUUCAAGAAUUGUGUGGACAUUCAAAUGAUGUGGCUGAUGAAGAGGAGAUUGGUGACCUACCACCUGGAUUCGAGAAGAACUCUCAAACAAUAUUCCCACACUGCAAUUCAAAAUUUCGACCUUCAAGAUUAGUUGAAUGUAAUCCUAAGAUUACAGAAUAUGUUGCAGCUGCAUUGUGCAGACAGAAGCUGCAUGAUGAAGUUCUAGAAGAGUGGAAGUUUUCAAUUCUCGAUUCUACCAUAAAGAAAAAAUUUCAGUCUCGUGGUCAUGAGAAGCGGAAGUCAUUCAAUUCAAGCAAGGAGCAUUUGAAUGAUGCUACUUCUGUACUGGGAAAAGUGAAGGAAGGAACAAAAAGUUCCAGAGUUCCGCUGGCGACCGGAAAGCAUACAUAUCACCGUAAGAAGCUGUCACGGAAAGAGUUAUGCUCCUUUCAGCCAGUUGUAGAAGAUAAUUCAGGGCCAGGGAAGCAGCCUCUGGCUAAGUUAAGGAAACAUGUUUCUGGAGAUGUGAAGGAGAGUGCAGAAGUUAAAAUAACCGCUAUUAAAAGUGGAAAGGCUAAGAUGAUUAAAGGGAAGAAGGAUACAUCCUCUAAGAGCAGGUCUUCUGUCAAUGUAGAUAAUAGCUCACCCAGUGAUCAAUUAUCCUUGAAGAAAACUAGCCCGAAAGUUUUGAAGUUUGCGUGUACAGUUCAAAACGGUGUUACGGAUGUUGUGAUGUCUAAUGGAAAGAAGCUAUCAGUGUCAACAGAUAAUAGUGUUGGUAUGAAGGUGGUUAAAAGAAAUAACUCGGAUGGCACCAAUCCCAGGAAGACCAAUGGUCAUAUCUCCUUAGAGAAACUAAGUGACGGUGUUACGGAUGUUGUGAAGUCUAAUGGAAAGAAGCUAUCAGUGUCAACAGAUAAUAGUGUUGGUAUGAAGGUGGUUAAAAGAAAUAACUCUGAUGGCACCAUUCCCAGGAAGACCAAUGGUCAUAUCUCCCUAGAGAAACUAAGUGCGACAAAUAAAGUAUCAAAAUCAAAAAGAAAGCAUCAAGCAGAUGGUGUUACAUCCUCACAUCCUUCUAAGGUUUUGAAAAUUUCAAAUAGGGGUGCAAGUCUGGGAGCUAGCAAACAAGUAACUGAGGCACGGAGAAAUUCUGCUCCCAAGUCAUUGGAUUUAUGUCCUAGAUCUAAUGGAUGUGCUAGGACUUCUAUUAAUGGGUGGGAAUGGCGUAAGUGGUCUCAAAAUGCUAGUCCUGCAUCCAGAGCACGUGUGAGGGGUCUUCCACGUUCACAAAACAAGCGCAUAGAUUCUGAAAAUAAUUCAUCCCAGUUGUCAAAUGGUAAGGGUCUUUCUGCAAGAACGAAUAGGGUGAAAUUGCGUAACCUUCUUGCUGCAGCUGAGGGUGCAGAUCUUCUGAAAGUGCCUCAACUGAAGGCACGGAAAAAGCGAUUACGUUUUCAAAGGAGCAAGAUACACGACUGGGGUCUUGUUGCCUUGGAGCCAAUAGAAGCAGAGGACUUUGUGAUUGAAUAUAUUGGAGAAUUAAUUCGCUCUCGGAUAUCUGAUAUACGAGAGCUUCAAUAUGAGAAGAUGGGAAUCGGAAGCAGUUACCUCUUCAGACUCGAUGAUGGUUAUGUGGUUGAUGCUACAAAGAGAGGUGGGAUUGCAAGAUUUAUUAACCAUUCUUGUGAGCCCAACUGUUACACAAAGGUUAUAGCUGUUGAGGGUCAAAAGAAGAUUUUUAUAUAUGCAAAACGGCAUAUAAAAGCUGGUGAAGAGAUUACAUACAAUUAUAAGUUUCCCUUGGAGGACAAAAAGAUUCCCUGCAACUGUGGUUCCAAAAAGUGUCGCGGAUCAAUGAAUUAGGCAGUUAUUAAGAUCAGUACUGGUAUUCACUUACCACUGAAGAGUGGACAAUUUUUUUGCCUUAGAUUAUACUCCCAAAAUACACGUUGCAUACUGAAAAUUUGAAGACUUUUACUCUAUUUUACACUGGACUGUUGACAUCAAAUUGGAUCAGCUGCAGCAGUGAUUGCUUACCUAUACCUUUUGUAGUUAUGGAUCACCAUCGUUGAAGAUAGGCCGAACUGGAUGCUAUUGUUGACCAGCGUUGCCUACUUGUUUGGUGAUGGAAUAACGAACUUGUGCAUUCUUGUAGACGGUUGUGGCAGAGUAGCUCAAAUAGGAAAAACUGUUAGGUUGCUGAAUUGGAUUAUGCUACUGGUAUGUUUCUCUUUCUGCACCUUGUUAUAGUCAUUCAUGGCAAGUUCUUUUUAUAUGUUCUCCAGUGAUUCCACUCAAUCAACUCCUCAGCAAAUAAAGUGAGCACUAAGCAGCAGGCUAAAGGUAUUGAAAAAUGAAUUCCUGGCCAAUACCACUUCAAUUUCGGAUACACAAAAUGUUAAAAAAUGGGUUAGGAGCAGAGCAUGACCUUAGGCUUUAGGUUUGUUUUGUUGAUUGGUGGUUUCUUAUUAUGCUUUAUUUUUUUGUCUCUGAAAUUCACAUGCUCACAAAAUUACUACGACAAACUCAUUUCAAAUUGUUCUAUACUAGUUAAUCAAAUCAGUUUUUUUAUAAUUCAAAUUAUUUUUCUCUAUUAAAUUUUCCAUGAAAAUAGUGUGGAGUAAAUAACUCUAUUUUACAUGUGUUAGCGUUUACAAAAAAUGAUACUUUUGUUUUUGAUAAUAUGGUAAUUUUACAAACAAUACUGCAGCAUCUUGCAUUGUGAUUUUUCAAAGGGGAUAAAUUGAGAUACUAACAACGUUUCUUAGGGGGUUUGCAUGAAAAAACAAGUUCGUGAAUGGAAAACUUGGCAUUAAGCACGUAUAAAGUUAGGAAUACGUCACUUUGUUUUGUGCAAUUAUUUUAACAUAAUCCACCAAGUGCAACAUUAGUUCUUUUAACAUAAUCCACCAAGUGCAAUUUGAGUGUUUUUUGUUUUAGUAGCGCUAGCAAAUGGUAUACAUUUGAAAUGACAAAAAACUAUUAGACAUACAUAUUAAGCACCUUUAUGAUAAAACUAAACAUAACAUCAAAACGUAUAUAUCAAUAACAUUUCAGAAAGAAAUGUGAGGAAUAUAUGUCAAUAUGUCAUGCGGAAGGUUUAGAAGUUGGCACAUGAAAAAUUAUUGUUCAUUUGAUGAACUCCGAGUAGUAAGUGUGUUGAGUUUAAUUUAAAUGAUAUUUUAAGGUGGUGUGAUAACAAUGCAUUGGUUGACACUUGUAAAAGGAUGAGGUGUAGUUCAGUUGAUAGCUACCAUAGAUAUUAUUGCAUGUUUGAGUUUUCUUCGUUUAUCUAUUCUCUAUUUAUUGUUCCCUUACGAGAGAAAUAGACACAUGUAAAAAAUUAGUGGGAUUCAUUAGUAGGUUUCACUUAUUAAAGUGGGUCCCACUUAUUAAAGGAUAUGUAGAUGGAGCAUACCCAAACUGUUUAUUGCAGGGGUCGAGAUCCGAACAUUGAAUUUUUCACUUUAUAUUUGAAGUGAGUUUAGCCAUUAGACUAUUUCAUAAAAAAAUAAUAUCAAGGUUAAGAAGAGAAAAUGUACUAAUUUUGUGUCCGAAAGUGCUCUUCCGGACAACUUAUGCUAUUUGUAAGUAUAUACUUCUAAAAAUAUGAAACGGGUGAAAGUAGUUCUUUUAAAUAAAGGCAAGUAUGCUAAACUUGUUGGCUCACAUGGUUUAUACAUUUCCGUUCAUGACAUUGCAUGACUUGGGUUUUGAUUAUUGAAACUUUCUAUUAGCAGGCAACAUGAAAUAUGGAACGAUGAGACCCUUCUAUUGAAAAUUCUCCAGCCAUUGAACAUUAGAUAAAACAAAAACUCAAAGCAUAUAUAUGGACAUACGGAACGAUAAUAGGCAUCCUAGACCAUGGUUGCAUAUGUGUGAAAACUCUUUUCUAAAAAAUCUGUGUGUAAGUCAGACUCUGAAACAAGAGUAGAUUCCGACCAAGUUAAAGAGCAGAGUUUGCAGCGGAUAUGUUAACCAAAAGAUGGAUAACUUGGUGGUCUAUGACGCAAGAAUAAUCUUUUUUUAGGGGUCAAGACCGACAAAAGAAGUAUAAUGGAUUGAUGUUUUGCAAUUACAAUGUUCUAAAAUGUUCAUGUCCAUCAAUUUAAGUUAUUGGUACUUGUUUCUCGCUUCACUAAGACAGAGAAAGCUUAUAUGCACAUUGGUCGGAGAGCUCAUGUGAUUUUGGCAAAUAACUCCGCCUGUGUCUCAUGUGAUCUAAACACAGCCGGUCCCCAGCCCGGACAAAGGAGGAGGGUUGCAAUGCUUGUGAUUAAAUUUAAGCUUCAUUUGACUUGUUAGUUGUUGAAAAUGUCACACAUUAGAUAGGGUUCAUAUAAAUAUAAGUAAUUUACAAAAUAUAUUAGGUAUCCGUAGCUUAAUUCUUAAGAUUCAACUUGCUACAAAUGAUAUGAUUAAAAGAAUCUACUAUGAAUAUUAACUUCGUGUUUUGCUUAUUUGAAAUAUCUUUGUUAACAAGGAUGGAUCGUUGGAGAGCA